UGCACGCGAAAAGCAUUUUGACAGUACAUAAUACACAGCUACAUCUCGAGAGUUUGCUCGGUUGGUAAGCAUUCUUCGAUCGCUCAGUCGAGAGCGAUCGAAUCCUAUUUCCUCUCUAAUGGAGGAAUUCGAGCAGCAGGCAAUUACUGCUUCCCUCUCAUCACUCCGGCUGUAUUACGAUAUUUUCCUGAGUUUCAGAGGCGAAGAUACUCGAAACAACAUCACAAACAGCUUAUACAACGCCUUAUACUCGAAAGGCCUUCGAGUUUUUCGAGAUUCCGAGGGGUUAACUCAGGGCGAUGAGAUCUCAACAGGUCUAAUAGAAGCAAUUAACGAUUCUGCUGCUGUAAUUGCUAUAAUUUCCCCAAAUUAUGCUUCUUCGAGAUGGUGCCUCGAGGAAUUAGCAACGAUCUAUGAGCUGGGUAAACUCGUUCUGCCUCUGUUCUACGGAGUUAAUCCGUCGGAUGUACGGAGGCAGUUAGGGCCAUUUCUCGAUGGAUUUAGGGAUUUGGAAAGGAAGUUUUCACCGGAAAAAAUGGCGAGAUGGAGAAACGCCAUGGAAAGAGUUGGAGGAGUCUCUGGUUGGGUUUACGAUAAUGGUGACGAGUCACAGUUGAUUCAGUUGGUGGUGCAAAGAGUUUUGGAUGAAUUAAGCAAUUCCCCAAUGGUUGUAGCUCCGUUUGUUGUUGGAAUUGAGUACAGUCUGGAAGAACUCAUAAGACAGUUGGAUGUCAAGAGCAACGGUGUCAAAAUCUUGGGGUUGCAUGGAAUAGGAGGAGUUGGUAAAACAACUCUUUCUAAGGCUCUUUACAAUAAACUUGCUUCUGAUUUUACACACAGGACUUUUAUCUUGAAUGUUAAGGAAAUAGCUACUCAACAAGGCAUUAUGUCCCUUCAGAAGAAAAUCAUACAGGGUCUCUUCCCUAGCAACGCUUUCUCCUUCUCCCCUGCUAAUGCCAUUGAGGGAAGAGAAAAGUUCAGGCGAAUGCUUCGAGAAAAGCGCAUCCUGCUGGUCUUAGAUGAUGUUGACGAUGUUAACAUACUAAAGGCACUAAUUGGGGGGAAAAGUUGGUUUUUUGAAGGAAGCAGGGUUGUCAUUAGUACUAGAAACAAAGAAAUUCUGAUAGAAGACAUCGUUGACGAGACGUUUGAGGUGAGAGAAUUGGGUGAUACUGACUCACUAAAACUAUUCAGUUACCAUGCAUUUAGAAGACCAGACCCAUCCCCAACUUUUCUGAAAUUAUCUAAGCAAAUUGUCUCAAUUACUGGAAAGCUACCAUUGGCUCUCGAAGUUUUUGGUUCUUUCUUGUUUGAUAAAAGAAGCGAGGAGGAAUGGGUAGAUGCUCUAGGAAAGCUAAAACAAAUUCGCUCACCCCGUCUUCAAGACGUCUUGAAAAUAAGUUACGAUGGUCUUGAUGAUGAAGAGAAGUGUAUAUUCCUGGAUGUUGCAUGUUUAUUUCUUGAUCAACUAGAUAAGAAAGUCGAUAAUGUAAUUGAUGUGAUGGAAGGAUGUGGUUUUAGAGCCAGGAUUGCUUUUGACACAUUGACCACUAGAUCAUUGAUUAAGGUGAUUGAUGGUGGGGACUUGUGGAUGCAUGACCAGAUAAGAGAUAUGGGAAGACAGAUUGUUAGGCAAGAAGGCUUUUCCGAUCCUGGAAAGCGCAGCAGGCUCUGGGAUGUUGCUGAUGUUUUGAGUGUGCUACAAGGAAGGAAGGGAACACAACAUAUCCAAGGGAUCAUCCUGGAUCAGCACCAGAGGUACUCAUCAAAGAUCAAAACAGCAAAAGCAAUUACUAGAGAGCGAUUUCAAGAAGUUCCCAGUUUCAGUUCUGCGUUAGCUUACAUUAAAGAGUUAUACAAAGGUCAAUUUCAAAAUGAUGCAAAAGAAACCAAUGAGUUAGUAUUGAAUACUGAAGUAUUUGAUGGAAUAGUUAAUUUGCGGCUACUCCAACUUGAUAAUGUGAAACUAGAGGGAAAUUUGGGGAAGUUACCUUCUUCACUAAAAUGGCUCCAGUGGAAAAGAUGCACUCUUUCAAGUUAUUAUUCUAACUAUUACCCAAGUGAACUUGCCAUACUUGAUCUCUCAGAGAGCCAAAUAGAGAGGAUUGGAAGCGGGGAAUGGACCUGGAGUCGUAAAAAGGUGGCCAACAAGUUGAAAGUUAUGAAUAUCUCUGAUUGUCAUAAAAUAUCAGCUAUUCCCGAUUUAUCAAAGCAUAAAAUGUUGGAAAAGUUGAUAGCUGAGCGUUGCAGCAACUUGCAAAGGAUUCACAAAACAGUUGGGAAUUUGACAACUUUACGUCAUUUAAAUCUAAGAGAUUGCCGCAACCUUGUUGAAUUUCCAGGUGAGGUCUCUGGGCUGAAAAAUCUUAAAAAGCUGAUACUCUCGGGUUGCACGAAGUUGAAACAGCUACCUGAAGAUAUAGGCAAGAUGAAGUCUUUACAAGAACUUCUAUUAGAUGAGACUGCUAUAGAGAAUUUGCCUUCAAGUAUAUUUCGCUUAACAAAACUUGAAAGGUUAAGCUUAAACCACUGCUACUCAUUGAAACAACUUCCUGGGGUAGUAGGAAAUUUAAGUGCUUUGAAGGAACUCUCUCUUAAUGGCUCUGCCGUGGAAGAAGUACCCGAUUCUAUUAAAAAUUUGGAGAACCUUCAUACACUAAGCUUAAUUAGGUGCAAGUCACUUGCUGCUCUUCCCCAUUCUGUUGGCAACCUCAAAUCUUUAGCAAAUCUCUGGCUUUAUGGCAGUGCAAUAGAAAUUAUACCAGAAUCUAUCGGUUGUCUAUAUUAUCUUAGGUCCUUAUCGUUAGGAAACUGUCAGCAGUUGACUGCAUUGCCUGUUUCAGUUAAAGGAUUGGCUUCUUUGGUUGAACUUCAAAUAGAUAAGGUUCCGAUCCGUUGUCUUCCACAUAUUGGAGCCCUUAAAUCACUGAAGACUCUCGAGAUAAGGAACUGUGAGCACCUUGGCUCACUACCCGAUUCCAUUGGAGAAUUAUUAGCUCUUAGAACAAUGACUAUUACUCGAAAUGAUGCUAUCACAGAGCUGCCAGAAUCAGUUGGAGAGUUGCAGAAUCUCGUCAUAUUGAGAUUGACCAAAUGUAAGCGUCUGCACAAACUGCCAGAUUCUAUUGGGAAACUAAAGAACUUAGUACACUUGCUAAUGGAGGAGACUGCAGUAACAGUAUUGCCUAGAACUUUUGGGAUGCUAUCGAGCUUAAUGAUUCUGAGGAUGGGAAAGAAGCCUUUCCUUCAGGUACCACAAAGUACUGAAAUCACAGAAACAGCUACCUAUGCAGAAAGGGAAACCGUACCUAUUGUGCUUCCUUCAUCUUUCUCAAAGUUAUCCUUGUUAGAAGAACUUAAUGCACGUGCAUGGCGAAUAGUUGGGAAAAUACCUGAUGAUUUUGAGAAACUGUCAUCUUUGGAGUUCAUCGAUCUCGGUCACAAUGAUUUUUCCCAUUUGCCGUCUAGUCUGAAAGAACUACAUUUCUUGAAAAAGCUCUUAAUUCCCCACUGCAAACAGCUGAAAGCUCUUCCUCCUCUUCCUUCAAGUUUGCUCGAGAUAAAUGCCGCAAAUUGUGGGGCACUAGAGAGCAUACACGAUAUCUCAGAAUUAGUGUUCUUGCGCGAACUAAACCUCGCGAAUUGCAUGAGUUUGGGCGACGUCCAAGGUGUCGAAUGCUUGAGAUCCUUAAAAAUGUUACAUAUGGUUGGAUGCAACGUCUCUUGUGCCUCUAUUGUUAGAAACAAACUUGAUAAGCUUGCGGUGAAGAACUUGGAUAAUUUGAGUAUUCCCGGCAAUGAAAUUCCAAGUUGGUUUACUCCGAAUGAGGUGCAUUUCUCAAAGCACGAAAACAAUGAUAUCAAAGCAGUGAUUAUUGCCAUAGUUGUUUCUGUGAACUGUGCUGAACCAGAUCAUUUACGCGAUGAACUGCCUGUAGUCCCUAAUAUCUUUGCAAAAAUCAUUAGAGCAAAUAGACCAGUAUUUACUACUGGCAUGUACUUGGCAGGAGUCCCAACAACGCCCGAGGAUCAAGUUUAUUUAUGCAGGCAUCAAGAUUAUCAUCCAUUAGUAUCUAUUCUUGAAGAUGGAGAUUCUAUACAUGUCGGCUUGGGCAACUUACCCGUUACAGGUAUUGAACUGAAGAAAUGUGGAAUACAUUUAGUACAUGAAAAUGAUGAUGACUAUGAAGGUAAUGAAGAAUCAUUGGAUGAAACCCAACAAUCUGUAUCAGAAAGAUUAACCAGGUUUUACGGAGCCUCUAACAGAGAGAGCAAUAUCUUCAACUCGAACUCAGCUCAAGAAGACGAAGAAGGGGAAGGAACAGGUAACUUUUUUAGUUUUGUUAAGGAGAUUUUUUGUGCUCUGAAGUACUUUUUCUUCAAGAGAUUUUAUACCUCAUGACCGCGGUUGAAUAUGAACGUCGUGUGUUUGUUUAUACUGUGAACAACAAUGUACAGAUAGUUAUGCAGUGAAUAAUAAUGCAGUGAGAAUUUAAAAAAAAUGUUGUUUUUUAACAUGAA